CGAUCGAGAUCAGACCUGGACUCCAGCCGCGGAAAAGAAUUGCCUCACGUAUCACAGCUCAACUCCCGCUCAGUGGACUAUAAACGAGAGAGACAGCGAGACAGUGGCACACACAUCGCGUGGAACGGGCAGGUGUAGGGACCCGGGGGAUCGCAUCCAGUAUACUCUGUCUUACGCGCUCCCUCUGUUCCCCCUCUCUCCCUUUCCAUCAGUUACCGCUACUCAAUUGAAGCCAAACAAUCAGAUCAGGAUAGCAGCCGUCUGCCUUUAAAUACUCUCCUACUGCAACACCAAUGCGAGGAUACUUCCAGUAUAUACAGACAACGAGUAUACGGACAGGCGGCGGGCAUGUAAAAUAAACACCAUUAAGAAUGGACAGAAGGACGUACACCGCAAUUGUAUUUUUGUUUCAGCUGCUGGACUUAAUACAUGGACAGUUUUUUCCAGAAUUACAACACUUGGAUCAUGGUAAAAGCUGCAUGAGGGGUAAAAAUUGUGGAGUGGAUCCAGAUAGCUUGGUGAUACGGGAUAGGAGGGACAUAUCCACAAACUCCGCUACAGAAGCAGUGGGCAGCUGCUCUUUUGAAGAGCACUACAGCAGCUGUGGGUACAGCGUGGCUCUGGGGACAACCGGCUUUGCCUGGGAACAAGUCAACACUUGGGAGAGGCCGACCAUGGACGCCGCUGUUCCCACAGGCUCCUUCAUGGUGGUCAAUGCCUCGGGUCGCGCUUCUGGACAGAAGGCCCACCUGCUCCUGCCCACGCUAAAGGAGAAUGACACGCACUGCAUCGACUUCCACUAUUCCCUGUCCAGCCGGGACGGCUCCAGCCCCGGGGCACUCAACGUCUACGUGAAGGUGAACGGGGGCCCGCAGGGGAACCCGGUGUGGAACGCCUCCUCCUCCGUCACCGAGGGCUGGGUGAAGGCUGAGCUCGCCAUCAGCACCUUCUGGCCCAACUCCUACCAGGUAAUAUUUGAGGCUGUGUCGGUGCAGGGCCAUCCAGGGUUUAUUGCGGUGGAUGAAGUCAGAGUGCUGGCACACCCCUGCCGGAAAGCUCCACACUUUCUGAGGCUUCAGAACGUGGAGGUCAACGUCGGGCAGAACGCCACCUUCCAGUGCAUCGCUGGGGGCAAGUGGUCGCAGCAUGACAAACUCUGGCUACAGCAGUGGAAUGGGAAGGACACGGCCCUGAUGGUGACCAGGGUGGUGAACCACCGGCGCUUCUCGGCCACCGUGAGCGUGGCCGACACGGCCCAGAGGAGCGUGAGCAAGUACAGAUGUGUCAUCCGCUCCGACGGGGGAUCGGGGGUGUCCAACUACGCCGAACUGAUUGUAAAAGCACCGCCAACUCCCAUUGCUCCUCCUGAGCUGCUGGCCGUGGGCGCCACUUACCUGUGGAUCAAGCCCAACGCCAACUCCAUCAUCGGGGACGGACCCAUUAUCCUCAAGGAGGUGGAGUACCGCACCACCACGGGCAACUGGGCGGAGACGCACAUCGUGGACGCGCCCACCUACAAGCUGUGGCACCUGGACCCAGACGUGGAGUAUGAGAUUAAGGUUCUGCUGACCCGGCCUGGGGAGGGGGGUACAGGCCCCCCGGGACCCCCCCUCAUCACCCGCACAAAGUGUGCAGAUCCGGUCCACGGUCCCCAGAACGUGAACGUGGUGGACAUCCGCGCCCGCCAGCUGACCCUGCAGUGGGAGACCUUCGGCUACGCAGUGACCCGGUGCCACAGCUAUAACCUGACGGUGCAGUACCAGUACAUCUUCAACCAGCAGGAGUUCGCCGCCGAGGAGCUGAUCCAGACCUCGUCCCACUACACCCUGCGCGGCCUGCGGCCCUUCGUGACCGUGAGGCUCCGCCUGGUGCUGGCCAAUCCGGAGGGGCGGAAGGAGAGCGAGGAGAUCGUCAAGCAGACGGAGGAGGACGUGCCUGGCGCGGUCCCUAUGGAGUCCAUUCAGAGCAGUCCCUACGAGGAGAAGAUCUUCAUGCAGUGGAAAGCACCCAAUGAGACCAAUGGAGUCAUCACUCUUUAUGAGAUUACCUACAAGGCCCUCAGCUCCCUCGACCCCAGCGCGGAGCUGUCUACCCAGAAGGGCAGAGUGUUCAAGCUCCGCAACGAGACACACCACCUCUUUGUGGGGCUCUACCCUGGCACCACGUACUUCUUCACCCUCAAAGCCAGCACCAACAAAGGGUUCGGACCCCCUGUGACCACCCGCAUUGCCACCAAGAUUGCAGCACCCUCAAUGCCAGAGUAUGAAACUGACACCCCUCUGAAUGAGACAGACACCACUAUCACUGUGCUUCUGAAGCCAGCACAGUCCAGAGGAGCUCCUGUCAGUGCCUAUCAGCUGGUGGUGAAGGAGGAGAGGAAGCAGAAGGCUCGGCGAGCCACAGACGUGGUGGAGUGCUUCUCCGUCCCGGUCAGCUUCAAGAACGCCUCCGUCCUGGACUCGCCGCACUACUUCGCUGCCGAGCUGCCGCCCGUCAGCCUAUCCGUGGUGCAGCCCUUCACCGUGGGCGACAACAAGACCUACAACGGCUACUGGAACGCGCCCCUCUCGCCUGUCAAGAGCUACAGCAUUUACUUUCAGGCCCUGAGUAAAGCCAACGGGGAGAUAAAAAUCAACUGUGUGCGACUGGCUACUAAAGUGGUAAUAGGUAGGGGACAAAUAACCACGCCGUACAUUCUUGUCAUCCCCAGUGAAGGUGCCUCCACCCAGAACUCCAACGCCGUGGAGCCGGAGAAGCAGGUGGACAGCACGGUCAAGAUGGCGGGCGUCAUCGCGGGGAUCCUCAUGUUCGUCAUCAUCCUGCUGGGAGUGGUGCUGACGUUUAAGCGAAGAGAAAUACACACAUGGAGAACUCUGAGUGUGGGAAGAAAUGCGUAUUCCUACUCUUAUUACCUGAAACUCGCCAAAAAGCAAAAGGAGACAGCGAGCAGCAGUACGCAGAGGGAGAUGGGCCCUCUUGGGACGGCUGACAAGAGCACGGGCAAAGUCAGCACUCUGCACAAGGACGAUCCAUUCUCCACCAGCACCCAGGACCUCAACAGCUUCUCCUCCCCCUCUCCCUGUUCCUUCUCUGUGCAGGGCAAAACUCUUCAAAGCAAAAGCCUCUUGAAUUCCUACUACUCAGUAUCCAAGGAGCCAGUUCCGGCAACUGCAUCUUUAGACAGCAGCCAUGGAGAGAUACCCCAGCCAACGCUGACCAUCCAGACCUACCCUUACGGGGGCUGCGAGUCUGUGGAGAUGUCCUACCAAGCCGGGCAGUUCCAGCCGGCCAUCCGAGUGGCCGACCUCCUGCAGCACAUCACCCAGAUGAAGUGUGGCCAGGGCUACGGCUUCAAGGAAGAGUAUGAGGGGCUGGCCGAAGGGCAGACGGCUCCCUGGGACACUGCCAAGAAAGAUGAGAACCGCAACAAGAACAGAUAUGGCAAUAUCAUCGCUUACGAUCACACUCGGGUGAGGCUGCAACUGUUGGAUGGGGACCCCCACUCGGACUACAUCAACGCAAACUACAUCGAUGGUUAUCACAGACCGAGACACUACAUCGCUACGCAAGGUCCAAUGCAGGAGACUGUGAGAGAUUUCUGGAGGAUGAUUUGGCAGGAGAAUUCCGGCAGUAUCGUCAUGGUUACCAACCUCGUGGAAGUGGGCAGAGUGAAAUGUGUGCGAUACUGGCCAGAUGAGACCGAGGUGUACGGAGACAUCAAGGUGACUCUGAUCGAGACAGAGCCUCUGGCAGAGUACGUCAUCCGCACCUUCACCGUUCAAAAGAAGGGCCACCACGAAAUCCGGGAGAUUCGGCAGUUCCACUUCACCAGCUGGCCGGACCACGGGGUGCCCUGCUACGCCACUGGCCUCCUGGGCUUCGUCCGCCAAGUGAAGUUCCUCAACCCGCCCGAUGCCGGUCCAAUCGUAGUCCAUUGCAGCGCCGGCGCGGGCAGGACCGGCUGCUUCAUCGCCGUGGACAUCAUGCUGGACAUGGCCGAGAACGAGGGGGUGGUGGACAUCUUCAACUGCAUCCGGGAGCUGCGCUCACAGAGGGUUAACAUGGUGCAGACAGAGGAGCAGUAUGUCUUUGUCCACGACGCUAUCCUCGAAGCCUGUCUGUGUGGGAACACGGCCAUUCCAGUCUGCGAAUUCAGAGCCAUAUACUACAACAUCAGCCGUUUGGAUCCUCAGACCAACUCCAGCCAGAUCAAGGAUGAGUUUCAGACGCUGAACAUUGUGACCCCGCGCGUGAGGCCUGAAGACUGCAGUGUCGGGCUGCUCCCGAGGAACCACGACAAGAACCGCAGCAUGGACGUCCUGUCAGUCGACCGCUGCCUGCCUUUCCUCAUCUCUGUCGAUGGGGAGUCGAGCAACUACAUCAACGCCGCGCUCAUGGAUAGCCAUAAGCAGCCGGCGGCCUUCAUCGUCACACAGCACCCCUUGCCUAACACAGUGGCUGACUUCUGGAGGCUGGUGUUUGACUACAACUGCUCAUCAAUAGUGAUGCUCAACGAGAUGGACGCCGCGCAGCUCUGCAUGCAGUACUGGCCCGAAAAGAGCUCCUGCUGCUAUGGUCCCAUCCAAGUGGAGUUCAUCUCCGCCGACAUCGACGAGGACAUCAUCAACAGGAUCUUUAGGAUCUGCAACAUGGCGCGGCCCCAGGACGGAUACCGCCUGGUGCAGCAUUUCCAGUUCAUCGGCUGGCCGGCGUACCGCGACACGCCCCUGUCCAAGCGCUCCAUCCUGCAGCUCGUCCGGCGGCUGGCCAAGUGGCAGGAGCAGUACGACGGGGGAGACGGGCGCACUGUGGUUCACUGCCUGACUGGUGGCGGGCGUAGCGGGACCUUCUGUGCCAUCUGCAGCAUCAGCGAGAUGAUCCAGCAGCAGAACAUCGUGGACGUCUUUCACACAGUCAAGACGCUGAGGAACAACAAAUCCAACAUGGUGGAAACCAUGGAGCAGUAUAAGUUCUGCUAUGAAGUGGCUCUGGAGAGCCUAAACUCUUUCUGAGAAUCCAGCAGAGGAGGAUGAACUGCGGAGCCGCAGCGCUACUGCAAUGAGCAGACAGACUGCAAAGACGUUUGCAGGGAGCCUGUCGGAAUGAACAGAACAAAAGCUGUACAGAGGGGACUGCCCUCUGCCUGGGGUUGUGUAUACGCUGCCCCCAAGACUGGGGCCCCUGUAACUGUAAAAAAAAAAAAAAAAAAAAAAAAAAAAGACAUGUUAAUACACUGCUUUCCUUCUCUUUCUUCAAUGUCCAGCGUCGAAAUGUGCAUCCUGGGCCGUAACGUGAUCUUGUACAGUAAUUUCCUUUUUAGAUAUAUGCCUUGAAUGUUAUCCCCCUCAGUGUAAAAAAAAAAUAAUAAAUAAAUAAGGAGACAAACACCGAUAAUCAGAAACGCAACAAAACACCGUGACGAGACACUGGCAAAUUCAAGCUGGAAAGAAUCAAACUAAUUUUCCAGGCUUCGUAGCGCUGCAUCAACCCAAAUAGAAAAUGCAUCUUUCCUGUUAAAACAGAGCAGCAUAAGCUUUUUUUUUCUUUUACUUUGGGUUUCAUGAUUCCUGCGACAUCAGUUUGAAAAGACACACUGUGCUUUUUCAUACACACACACACACACACACACAUACACACACACAUA